AGAGAGAGAGAGAGAGAGGGAAAGCUGGAGAGCUCUGCGGUAGCAGUCAGCGCAAGAACCAAAGCAGAGAAAGACUGGAAAAAAGAAGGUAGAUUGAGAAAGAAACAGUGAAAUUAGGAGCUAAGAUAUAAAAAGAAGAAAAAGAGAGAAGUCUUGAAAUUCAAUUCAGAGCAGGACAGAAGAGGCUGAGAGAGAAAGGAAAUAAAAGACAGACUCAUGAAUUAAAAGAAGUCUUGGACUUCACAUUGGAGACACAUGUCCAUGCGUGGACUGUUGCUGCUGCUGUGAUCUGUCAUUCCUCCUCACAGCGUGUUUGUGUGUGCUCUAGAGAGACUGAGGAGGGUGUGUGUGUGAGCCUGUCGUUCCUCUGGAGUCUACGGGACCAUGGCACCUGUCAGGAACGGAUGAACUUGAGGCUUAAAGGACUCGUGGGGGAAAAAGAACGAGAAAAAAGCUGAAGGAGUGAAAGCUUUCAGCGUAGAGAGGAAAAUCUACAUCCACGGCAUCACUGUAACAACACACAGAACGCCUGAGAGCCGUCACUGCAACAGCUGCCACGAAAACCAGCAUCCCAUUCAACCAUCUGUGUGGCAGCUGUCUGCGGUUUAUAGCUGAUAAGAAAUACCGGUCUUCCUCAGAAGAUGAUGACGAUGGUGAUGAUGAUGAUGUACAGCUCGCUGGUCCUGCUCGGGCUGAUUGGUAUCAGUGCUUCAUCCAGCGGAGGUUCAUCUUCCUCACCCCGGAUGAAGCUGUCUUAUAAAGAUCUCCAGCAGUUUAACGGCAUUAAGCGGUUUGACUUGGAGCGUUCGUGUUGUUUCGGAGCUCUCUUAUUGGACGAGGAGAGGGGCCGGCUGUUUGUUGGAGCUCGCAACUUUCUGUUAUCUCUCAGUCUCGACAACAUCAGCAAACAGGAACAGAAGAUCUACUGGCCAGCGCCUGUUGAUUGGAGAGAAGAGUGCAACUGGGCCGGGAAAGACAUCAAUACGGACUGCGUUAACUAUGUGAAAGUGCUACACCACUACAAUCGGACUCACCUGUAUGCCUGUGGGACAGGGGCUUUCCACCCCACCUGUGCUUAUGUGGAAGUGGGACAGAAGAUAGAGGAUCAUGUGUUUAGAAUCGACCCCUCCAUGGUAGAAGAUGGGAAAGGAAGGAGUCCAUACGACCCACGCCACACAUCAGCGUCUGUUCUCAUUGGUGAUGAGCUUUAUGCAGGCGUAGCCACUGAUUUGAUGGGACGGGACUUUACAAUCUUUCGCAGCAUGGGACAAAGGCCCUCCAUAAGAACAGAACAGCAUGAUUCUCGCUGGCUUAAUGAGCCCAAGUUUAUUGCGGCGUUUGGAGUUCCAGAGAGUGAGAAUCCUGACGAUGAUAAAGUCUUCUUCUUCUUCAGAGAAACUGCUGUAGAAGCUCAGGGAUUUGGGAAGGUUACAUAUUCCCGGAUUGGUCAGCUCUGCAGGAAUGACAUGGGAGGACAGCGCAGUCUAGUAAAUAAGUGGACGACAUUUCUAAAGGCUCGUCUUGUGUGUUCUGUACCAGGCAAUGAUGGCACUGAAACUCAUUUUGAUGAACUUAGGGAUGUGUUCCUGCUGCAGACCCGUGACCGAAAGAACCCGCUGAUCUACACUGUUUUUACCACCUCAAGUAGUGUAUUUCAAGGUUCUGCCGUUUGUCUCUAUACGAUGAAUGACAUUCGCCGGGCAUUUUUAGGACCUUUUGCCCAUAAAGAAGGACCCAAUUACCAGUGGGUUCCAUUUCAGGGGAAAGUGCCUUACCCACGGCCAGGCAUGUGUCCCAGUAAAACAUUUGGGAGUUUUGAGUCAACUAAAGGCUUCCCUGAUAACGUAAUCCAGUUUGCAAGGCACCAUCCAUUAAUGUUUAAUCCAGUCACUCCACUGGGAGGCCGGCCGUUGUUCCUGCGAACUGGAAUACCAUACACCUUCACUCAGAUUACUGUAGACCGCGUCAAUGCAGCUGAUGGACACUACGAUGUAAUGUUCAUCGGGACAGAUGUCGGCUCAGUCCUGAAGGUGAUCUCUGUGCCCAAAGGAAGCUGGAGUAACACAGAGCUUCUGCUAGAAGAGCUUCAGGUCUUUAAGGAUUCUUCAUCUAUAAUCAGUAUGCAGAUUUCCUCUAAACGGCAACAGCUGUACGUUGGCGCAGACACAGGUGUUGUCCAGGUGCCUCUGCACCGCUGCAGUAUGUACGGUAAAGCUUGUGCCGAGUGCUGCCUGGCUCGAGAUCCGUACUGCGCCUGGGACGGACACACCUGCACACGCUACCUGCCAAACACAAAACGGAGGUUCCGGCGUCAGGAUGUGAGGAAUGGAGAUCCUAAUGCACUCUGCUCAGGAGACCAUCAGAAGCAGCGUGUCCUGGAGAAGAGGCUGUAUGCUGUGGAUGGAAGCAGCUCCUUCCUGGAAUGCAUCCCGAAAUCACUACAGGCCCAGAUUACAUGGACCUAUCAGAGGCACCCGGAAAACCCACGGGAGGAGGUUCGUCUAGAUGACCGUGUUUUGCAGACCGAGCGAGGCCUGUUGCUAAGGCGCGCCGUGCGUAGAGACGGCGGCGUGUAUCAGUGUCACGCGAUGGAACAUGGAUUCACCCAAACCCUCCUCGCGAUCACGCUUGAGAUUUUGCCUUCGGCCGGCUCCUCCCCUUCAGCACCUAUCCCUCGCAGUCCCGCCCACUCCCACGCCAAUCACGGGCAGUCCACCAAUCAAAAACUGUGGUACAGGGACUUCAUGCAGUUGGUGGACCACCCAAAUUUAAACACGGUCGACCAGAUCUGUGAGCAAGUUUGGUCACGCAAGCACAGCCUAUCAGGGAAGGGCGCUCCGGAUCCAGCUAAUGAGGCGCCGGUUCAUGACCCGCUGCACUCUAAAAAGUGGAAGCAUAUAAAAGAAGUCAGGAAAGGGCGAAAUCGCAGAACGCAUGAUGGGAGACCCGCCCCCAGAGCGCCGAGGAGCGCGGGAGAGUAGCGAGGGAUGAGAGACGGAGGAAAAAAAGAGACUGAGAGACAGAAAGAAAGAGCAAAAACCACUGGAGGUGGACAGAUUCUCACACAGCAUCUCAUUCAGUGACUGUUUAUCGCCUGUUCUGCUUCUUAUUACCCCUGUGAUGACACUUCACUGCCUGUUAUCAGUCUCUAUAUACUCUAUUGUCCUCAUCUCCAGUCUGAAGACUCAAUCUAGUGCCCCCACGACCCCAAUCCCGCUCCCGCCAGCAUCUAUUACUCCUGAUGCUUAUCCAGAAACCCACACUCCAUCCAUCUGAAUACUAACACAAACUCAAGAGGUCCUAAAGUUCAAAAAAUCCUUAUGAAUUGUAACAGGAAAAGCUUUGAUCGGAAAUGAAAGACACAAAGACGUGCAUGCGCUGAGUAAAACACAGGCUCUUGCGGACACACAUUGAGUAAAUCAGUGCAUACUCUUUUUUUUUGUUUUCAUCUGGGUGUUUGUGCAACAUGUGUUCUUAGAUUAGAUUCUUCUCUAACUUUGGCCCUGAAACAGAGAUCUCACAGACCCUUGACUCACCAGCACCAUAUGAACAUCAUCACUCUUCUUUCACUGCUAGAAGACUUAAAACAAAACAUUUCGAGCAAACAAAAGAUAAAAAAAGGAGAAAAACUGUACAUUUGUGAAGGUUGAAGCUACUGUAAGUAUUUUUUUUUUCAUGUGACAGUGAUUAUAUACCUUUGUAAAUGUAAAGGGUCUGGUGAGCUUUACAUUUCUGGCAGUUCUGUAAAGCAGCAUAGGUGAAUUAUUUGGAGUUAGAGAGUUAUGUUUCAGACGUUCUGAUUAUGUGUUGUAUAAGACUGAGAUGGACACAGCAUCAAUGUACAGGGGCAUUAUGGGUAGUAGUAUGGUCUGAGACCAGGUGAGGAAAAACUAUUUUAGACACUUUUAGGUCUAAAUUUACAACUAACCUUUUGAAAUAAUAAUAAUAAAAAGUCAGAAUAGUUAUGUAUAUGUGUCUGUGUACGAAAGAUUUAAAUGCUUUUUAUACAGCUCUAGCAUAUAUAUAUUCACUUUUUUUUUAAGUGAUCUGCAAGCAUAAUAUACUGUAAUAGCACAGCUAUGUAUUAUGCAUGCUAGAUAAUGGGUUAAAUCAGGAAACACAGAUCAGAGGCCUUCUCUAAAGACAAGAAACAAGAAAAGAUACCCAAGAAAAAUGCCUUUAGCUCUCGCUCUGACAUUUCAGAUGAAUAUUUAAUUUAACACAUUCAGUCUAGCCAAUGGUCCAUUUAUUUUUCAUUGACUCUUUCUGGCUUUUGAAAAUAGCAGUGUUGAAUUUGUCAGUAAAUGCAUGUUUACAAACGCUCGAUGCCAACUUUUUCUUUCUUUCUUUUUUAUUGCGUUGCAAAAGCGGUAUGGGAGGGAGUCAGACAUAUUCUCUAAAUUUACCUCGGUAUUUUUUUUUCUGCACAAAAUACCAUAGUUAGGCUACUGUAGUCAUAGUCGCUAAUCGCGGUAGCAUUAUUUUCAAUAUCAUUAUACAAAAAAAAGAAGAAGAAGAAGAAGAAACCGGAAGUGUGCUGGUCAGCAGCAAGGUA